AUGUCAGUGAUAGAAAUAGAGUCUGAGUCGCAGUUCACAGAGUUAACUAAAUCGGACGCUAAUAAGUUGAUUGCAUUGUAUUUCCAUACACCAUGGGCAGGACCAUGCCAAACGAUGAACUCAGUGUUUAAGACGUUAGCAGAGGCCAACAAGUCGGUUUUGUUCAUAUCGAUCAACGCAGACGACCACCCGGACAUAAGCGAGCUUUUCGAGGUGUCGGCGGUGCCAUAUUUUAUAUUGAUUCGUAACUCGACUAUUUUGAAGGAGUUGUCGGGUGCAGACCCUAGGGAAUUCAUAAGUGCGUUGAACCAGUUCACAGAGAAGAAGGACACGGCUGCUCCAGCAGCAGCCGCUGCUGCUGCUCCGGCGGCACCGGCACAAUCCCCAAUCGAGGAGUCGCCGGAAGCGUUGAACGAGAGGUUGAAGAAGUUGACGGGUGCAGCACCAGUGAUGCUUUUCAUGAAGGGGUCGCCAUCGGCUCCGCAAUGUGGGUUUUCGAGACAACUCGUGGCGAUUUUGAGAGAACACCAGGUCAGAUUUGGGUUCUUUGACAUCUUGAAGGACGAUUCUGUCAGACAGGGUCUCAAGAACUUUUCGGACUGGCCAACGUUCCCCCAAUUAUACAUCAGCGGAGAAUUCCAAGGGGGACUUGAUAUCGUUAAGGAAUCGAUCGAGGAAGAUUCGAGCUUCUUCGAGAAUGCGGUUAAAAGUGCUUAG